CGUUGGGGUUUGUUUGGAACGAGCCACCACGUUCUAUUAGCUUUUUUAAGUUAAACUUUAUUUUACAAGAUGUCUAAACGACAUCGCUUGGAUUUAGGCGAUGAUUACUCAUCGAGCAAAAAGAGAUCUUUAGACGGAAAAGAUCGUGACAAAGAUCGGGUUCGAGAUGAGCGGUCAAAGGACAAAGACCGGGACCGAGACAGAGAUCGUGACCGGGACAGAGAAAGAGACCGAGAGAGGGACAGAGACAGGGAAAGCAAGGCUUCCAGCGUGCAGCUGAACUCUGGUAUGACGUCUGGAGUGGGGAUGCCUCAACUGAAGCAAACAGCCAUUAAUCAGCAGAUCAACCCCUUUACUAACCUGCCCCACACACCGCGCUACUACGAGAUUCUGAAAAAGCGACUGCAGUUGCCUGUCUGGGAGUACAAGGAGCGCUUUCACGACAUUCUUACACGUCACCAGAGCUUUGUGCUGGUGGGAGAGACCGGCUCUGGCAAGACCACGCAGAUCCCUCAGUGGUGUGUGGACAUGGUGCGCUCUUUGCCAGGGCCUAAGCGUGGCGUAGCCUGUACUCAGCCUAGAAGAGUGGCAGCCAUGAGCGUGGCACAGAGAGUGGCAGAUGAGAUGGAUGUAAUGCUGGGACAAGAAGUUGGCUACUCCAUCAGAUUCGAGGAUUGCAGCUCCGCAAAAACAAUCCUCAAGUACAUGACAGACGGUAUGUUGCUUCGAGAGGCUAUGAACGACCCACUGCUUGAGCGAUAUGGAGUUAUCAUUCUGGACGAGGCUCAUGAGCGCACACUGGCCACAGAUAUUCUGAUGGGUGUUCUCAAAGAAGUUGUUCGCCAACGAGCAGACCUAAAGGUUAUUGUUAUGAGUGCCACCCUGGAUGCCGGAAAGUUCCAGGUUUACUUCGACAGCUGCCCCUUGCUCACCAUCCCUGGCAGAACUCAUCCUGUGGAAAUCUUCUAUACACCAGAGCCGGAGCGUGACUAUCUGGAGGCAGCAAUCAGGACAGUCAUUCAGAUCCAUAUGUGUGAGGAGGAUGAGGGUGAUGUGCUACUCUUUCUCACAGGACAAGAGGAAAUCGACGAAGCUUGCAAGCGGAUCAAACGAGAAAUCGAGGACCUGGGCCCUGAGGUGGGCGAUAUCAAAAUCAUCCCAUUGUACUCUACACUUCCACCACAGCAGCAGCAGCGAAUCUUCGAGCCUCCUCCACCUCGUAAGCCCAGCGGAGCCAUCGGCAGAAAGGUUGUGGUGUCUACAAACAUUGCUGAGACGUCGCUGACCAUCGACGGCGUGGUGUUUGUCAUCGAUCCUGGCUUUGCAAAGCAAAAGGUGUAUAACCCUCGAAUUAGGGUGGAGUCGCUGCUAGUCACUGCCAUCAGUAAAGCAUCAGCUCAGCAGAGGGCGGGAAGAGCCGGGCGUACUCGGCCUGGAAAAUGUUUCCGCCUAUACACAGAGAAGGCAUACAAGACUGAGAUGCAGGAUAACACGUAUCCAGAAAUUCUGAGGUCCAACCUGGGAUCUGUAGUGUUACAGCUGAAGAAACUUGGAAUUGAUGACCUGGUGCAUUUCGACUUCAUGGACCCACCAGCUCCUGAGACUCUGAUGCGUGCUCUGGAGCUGCUGAAUUACCUGGCAGCACUGAAUGACGAUGGAGAUCUGACUGAGUUAGGCUCCAUGAUGGCAGAGUUUCCCCUGGACCCUCAGCUGGCUAAGAUGGUUAUUGCCAGUUGUGAAUUUAACUGCUCCAAUGAGAUCCUCUCAAUCACUGCUAUGUUAUCAGUCCCACAGUGCUUUGUGCGCCCCACUGAGGCCAAGAAGGCAGCUGACGAGGCCAAGAUGAGGUUUGCCCACAUUGAUGGAGACCACCUGACCCUGCUCAACGUCUACCACGCGUUUAAACAGAAUCAUGAGUCAGUGCAGUGGUGCUAUGAUAAUUUUGUAAACUACCGCUCACUGAUGUCAGCCGAUAACGUGCGGCAGCAGCUGUCACGCAUCAUGGACCGGUUCAACCUGCCUCGGCGCAGCACAGAGUUCACAAGCCGGGAUUACUACAUAAAUAUCCGCCGUGCACUCGUCACUGGCUUCUUCAUGCAGGUGGCCCACCUGGAGCGUACAGGGCAUUAUUUGACAGUGAAGGACAACCAGGUGGUCCAGCUGCACCCGUCUACUGUGCUGGACCACAAGCCUGAAUGGGUGCUGUACAACGAGUUUGUGCUGACCACCAAGAACUAUAUCCGCACCUGUACCGACAUUAAACCUGAGUGGCUGGUGAAAAUUGCGGCGCAGUACUACGAGCUGAGCAACUUUCCUCAGUGUGAAGCAAAGAGGCAGCUGGAGCGCAUUGUUGCUAAACUUCAAACCAAGGAAUACACUCAAUACUAAACAAUUUGGGUGGUGAAAGGACUAUAAAAAAUUUUACCUUCAGCUCUCAAUAAGGUUUCUUCUCUAAACCCCUAAUAUGUUGUACAUUGUCAUCUUCUCAACAUCGGAUUGUCAUUUCUAGCUUUUCUUGUUUGUAUGUUUCAGUUUAAUGUUAAAAUUAUUUUUAUAAUAUGCUCCUAUCUCCUUUCCGGUGACCUGUGAUGGUGUUUUACACAAUGUUCACUAUAGGCACAAAGAAUCGGUUUGAUCGGGAGCGAGCGCCCAACAGCGACAGUCGUCGACCGUCUUUUUUUUGCAUGAUCAUUCACAUGGAUGUUGACAUUCCUUAGAGACAUGACGACCUUUUACUGAAAAUGUAACUGAGUAGACAAGUCUUGGUUUAUUCUGUUAAAAAAUGUCAAAUGAAUUCAAUAAAAACUAUUGAGAUCAGUUUUGGAUCA